GGCAUUAUCAUCCGACACAAGAAUAAGCGUUCGCCGGAGAAGGGAAAUCAAGCUUCGUAGAGAAGGGAUCUGGACCUCUCUCCGCUCCGGAAUGAUUUGAAGGCAUGGAUUUCGGAGAAGAUGAUAAGCCUACUAGGUUUUCCCCAACCUAUCUUUACCAACUCUCUCAUUCAAACUGCCGAAAGAUCAAAAUCGCCAGCUGAGAUCCUUCAUCAGUUGGCGAAAUACGGGUUUUCUUCGUCGAAUGAGACUAGAGAAUUCGCGGAAGAGCUAUAUGCCAGAGUUCCCCGACCGACAGCCGGCGAGAGAAUUUCCGAAUCUGGAAGGCAUGAUGAAAAGGGCAAGAGAAGUGGGCCGUCGGAAGAGGAUGAUAGGGAAGUUGAGAGAUGGGUUUCUCAACACGAAGACAGGUGGAAUGGUAGAGACAACGCUGCAUCAUGUUCUCCAGAUAUGAAGGCACUAAGAGAAGAAUAUUUCAAGAAAUCGGAGGAGGAGCUGACUGAUGGGAUGGAAGAUGAACUGAUCAAGGCAGUUGAACAUCAUCGGGUUCUCGUCAUUGAAGGGGAAACCAAACAGAUACCACAGUACCUUCACAAAGCCGGCUACACAAGUCGUGGAAAGAAGAUCGGCUGUACAAAGCCUCGUAGAGUUGCGGCCAUGAGCAUUGCUGCCAGUGUUGCUCGAGAGCUCGGUGUCACACUCGGACAUGAGGUCGGUUACUCCAUCAGAUUCAAGGAUUGCACUUCGGAAAAGACGCUUCUCAAGUACAUGACUGAUGGAGUGCUGCUGCGGGAGCUACUCGUUGAGCCAGAUCUCGGCAGCUACACCGUCAUUAUGGUGGAUGAAGCGCACGAAAGAAGUAUAUCUACCGACAUUCUGCUCGGACUCCUCAAGGAUUUGGUACGUUCUCGACCAGAUCUUAGGUUGAUAAUUUCGACUGUGACCCUGCAAGCAGAGAAAUUCUCUGAUUAUUUUGGUUCCGCCCCUGUUUUCAAGAUGCCGGGGCAUAAAUAUCCUGUUCAGAUGCUCUACCACAGAAUGCCAGGACCUGAUUACUUGGAAUCAGCUAUAUCCAAAGUGCUUCAGAUCUGUGCCACUGAGCCACUUGGAGAUAUUCUGGUUUUCCUCACGGAUCAAGAAGAUAUCGAAACCGCAGAACAAAUUCUGAAGAAGAGGAUAGAAGGUUUGAGUACAAAGAUCUUGGAACUGAUUAUAUGCCCGCUAGACUCGAACCUUCCAACUGAUGUCCAGGCAAAAGCAUUUGAACCAACUCCUAAAGGAUCACGGAAAAUUGUCCUGGCAACGGAUAUAGCAGAAACAUCAGAAACCGUAGACGGGAUCAAGCAUGUCGUUGAUCCAGGAUAUUGCAAGCUUAAUUCAUACAACCCAACCACUGGUGUAGAGUCACUGCUUUUGACUCCUAUCUCCAAAGUUUUAGCAAAUCUACGGGCUGAUCAGUCUGGAAGGACAUGUCCAGGAAAAUGUUUCCGAUUGUACGACUACAAUGACCUGAAGGACAACACAGUGCCGGAAAUACAAAGGGCAGAUCUUGCUGGUGUCGUACUUGCUUUGAAAAGCCUUGGAAUUCAAGAUCUUUUCGAUUUUGAUUUCAUGGAUCCUCCACCUCACCAAGCUCUGUUUAAGGCACUAGAGUUGCUGUAUGCUCUGGGUGCUUUGGAUGAAGAUGGUGAGAUGACUGAGGUCGGCCAAAGGAUGGUAGAAUUUCCUGUCGAUCCAAUGCUAUCGAAAAUGAUUGUUGCUUCAGACAAAUACAAGUGCUCAGAAGAGAUUACCUCAAUAGCAGCGAUGCUGUCCCUUGGGGAUUCCAUCUUUCAUCGGCCUAAGCACAAGCAAGUCCAGGCCGACAAUGCAAGGAUGAGUUUCCACACUGGGAAUGUCGGUGACCACAUUGCCUUGCUAAGGAUAUAUAGUUCUUGGAAGGAGACAAAUUACAGCACUCAGUGGUGCUACGAUAACUACAUUCAGGUCCAGAGCAUGAAAAGAGCUAGAGACAUAUGCAAACAGCUGGAGGGACUUCUUAGGAGGGUCGGAAUAGAACUUAGCUCCAACCCAAACGAUUUAGAUGCAAUAAGAAAGGCGAUCCUUGCGGGAUUCUUCUCGCAUUCUGCCAAGUUAGAGAACGAUGGAACAUAUAGAAGAGUGGAAAAUUCCCACACAGUGUCCAUACAUCCUAGUUCAGGGCUAUUAGAGGUGGCACCGAGGUGGGUCGUAUGUCAUGAACUAGUUCUCACAACCAAGGAAUAUAUGCACCAGAUAACGGAGUUCGAACCUAAGUGGCUGGUUGAAGUAGCUCCUCCUCGCUACCAUGAGAGUAAGGAUGUCGAAGAUGAAGGGUCUAAAGGGGUUGGACGAGCUCCAAUGUAGGAACUCAAGGUGGAGGAUCAAGCACAAAAGUAAUUCUUGUUGGUCCGAGAGUUACUUCCUCAUGACGAAUUUUCUAUCAUCAUGCGAUUCUGAGAGGUCUGAUCAAACCCCACAGAGAAACUAGACCAAUGAUACGAACUAUGAUUUCUACUAUGCAAUAGUUUAGCCUAAGACUAGCCUUAAGAUGUUCCAAAGCUGUGUGAUAUCUUCUAUUUGAUCAGAUUGAAAAGAAAAAGGAGAAAGAAAGGAGGCGCACCUAUGCCUAUCCGGAGAGUGAAACCUCAAGCGGGCGACAUGCUUGUUGCAGAACAUCAUGUAACCGGCAAGCCAAACAACACCGAUCCGCCAUCACCGCUCUAAUGAAGUAUCUGAGCCACAGAGAAAAAUCCAACACUUUAGAAAGCUCAAGUUGCGUUUUCAUCCCACAAAUGCAGUUUUCCGGAGAUUCAAAAUUAUAAAUGGAGAAAGAAACUCGCUGGCAAUGCCGUUGGAGAAGACGAUUCACUGGAGACGACAGUCGGUAGACUACAAGCCUUCUCACCGGUCGGAUUAUCCACGAUGUCAGAUGACUCAGAUCUCGAUAACUUACAGGCGCGGAGUGCUUAUACCCUGAAACCUGGCUCCAAAUAACUCGUUCAUUUAAAAGUCUUAUGAUGUAUAUUUAUAUACGUAAGCGCAAAAGAAUUGAGAACCUGAA